CCAUAUCGGUAGAGAAGUUUAAAUUAUAUUGAAAUUAUUUUUCAAUUUAAUAUUAGAUACAAGAAAAUAUAUCCAUGUUUAUUUAUAUAGGAAGUAUUACUGUAUUAUGAGACUUCGUAGCGGAAAACUUGCAAGACUUGGCACAACGCACAAUCCUAUAAGAACAAAGAGAACCAUGUCCAGGUCCAUGACCCACUACAAAGCAAGAAGUGAUAUAUACCCAAACUCUGAUAAAAAAAGAUUUAAAAUUCCGGACAGCAAGGUGUCCUGGAAAGUGGACUAUCCGGACUACAAACCAGACGAGUUUACGGCCCCAGUUGUGAAGAAAGGGCCAAUUUGGGCAGACCCCGACAUUUCUGAUAAGAAUCCACAUAAGCCCAUCAAAUUUAAUCAAAAGGACGGACUGGUUAACAGAAUAAGUUUUGAAGGAUCAUAUGAACUUGUGGAUAAUAAACCAAUCAACCCUAGAGGGAGAACAGGGCUUACAGGGAGGGGUUUGUUGGGUAAAUGGGGUCCAAAUCAUGCCGCUGACCCAAUCGUUACUAGAUGGCGUCGGGAUAAAAAUGGAGACUUGUUGAAAGAUGAAAACACUGGAAGACCAAUAUUGCAGUUUGUGGCAGUGUUGCGAAAAGAUAAUGGUGAAUGGGCUAUACCUGGUGGUAUGGUAGAUGCUGGAGAAAAAGUUUCUUUAACGCUGAAAAGAGAAUUUGGUGAAGAGGCACUCAAUUCGCUGAAAUAUUCUGAAGAAGACAAAAAAGCACUAGAAAAGUCGUUUUCAAAUCUAUUUUCAAAAGGCCAUGAGAUAUAUAGCGGUUAUGUUGAUGAUCCAAGGAAUACAGAUAAUGCAUGGAUGGAAACUACAGCAGUGAAUUUUCACGACAAGGAUGGAACGAGUUUUGCAAAAAUGCCAUUAGAAGGGGGAGAUGACGCAAGGUCUGCACGAUGGAUGGAUGUUUCUUCAAGUCUUAAAUUAUAUGCUAGUCACUCUUCAUUUUUGAAGUCAACUGCUGAGUAUCACAAAGCACACUGGUGAUUGAAGAAAAAAAAGUUGAAUUGCUGUUUUAGAUUUUCAAACCAGCAUCGAAAGGUUUCGCGAUACCUAACGAUACUUACUAGCUUAUGCACUUGAUCUAAUCCUAUAAAUAAACAUGUGAUACCCUAUUUUUUGUUGGUAUGUGUACUUGAAUAUAUGUGUAUUAUCUCAAUAAAUUAAAAUGUCAUAGAGUGCAGUAGACCUGUUGCUCAAUUAAUAACAAGUAAAACGUCAAACAUGAUUGGUCUUUACAUGUAGAAGUAUACCAGAUAUAUUUCACAGAAUAUGUUAUUGUCAACUGUAUGCUUCAAUAAUCACUGAUCAAUCAAUCCAUUUAUUAUGUUCGAAGCAUGCCUACUUACCUUUAUGAUAUUUUUAAAAUGGGGAUAUCUAAAUAUUGUCUAUACUAUAUAAAACGCCACUGUUUUGUGUAUUACCUGAAACUUAGCACAAUUUAUUAUUAAAGAACAAAACACUUUUUUCUUCAUUCACUAUAUGUAGAUUUUUUUUAUAUCUCACCAAAUUGAGAGCAACUCCGCCACAGAAUUAGGCACCUAUAUCUGCAAAAAUUUUCUGAUUAUAUCAAUGACUUUAUCCUUAGUUACGGGAUAAUUCAAGAGAAAUAAUUUUUUUAUUACAAAAUGUUAUUUUUUUGGCCGCUUACAUGCUAUUAUGACAUGGUAAAUGAACUCAUUUUGUCUAUAUGUAGCACGGUGUCUAAGCAUUCAUGUUCUGCAUGACUCAUAGUACAUUUAUUAUACAUUUUGUGCUAAUUUUCUUGACCACACCUAUACGUUUUAUUUUACGAAUGUCAACUACCUAUAUUUUACAGUAUUUUUAACAGCUAUAUCGACAAAUUUUUGGCAGAAAAUGUCACUAAAUUUUAUCAAAUAAGGUGUUAGUUGUUCCGAUAGAAUAAUUCUAAACAGGAUAAAGAAAAAAAUCUUCUCAAUGUUGCUUAUAUUUUGUCAGGUUUAUGAGACUACUGUUAGUCUAUAUAUCCAUCUUUUAUUUGUUCCCAUUUGCUGUGUAGCCUACAUAGAUUUUAUAUAACCAUUUAUUCUUAUAUAAUUUUAUAUGAUUUAACAUAUAAAGAUGUAAUUGAAGUUUUCACUAAUUGCUUUCAUUAUUGUAGUACAACAAUGUUUGCCCUAUGUAUAGUUCGUAAUAAAGGUGGCAUUUGACAUAACAUUCACGCAUGAUAUUGUUAUUAAUAUAAUCAGAAAAUAAAUUUUUUUUUCUAAUUUUCGAAGUGAAUGCCAUUGAGUAACAUGAUAUCAUGGUAAAUUCAAUCUAUGACAUGAGUUGUAGCAGGAACAAGUUAUGAAAUUAAAAUACCCGUUAUAAGAUGCUACCCUGUAUCCUUUAACUCACAAAAAUAAAGUUUACAAAUCGGAAAGUUUUCUCACACAAAUUGAUAUCGUUAACAAAUUUUUUAAAUGUUGCUAUUUGUCAUGCAUAUCGUAUAAUUAUAUCCAUAUUAUUUUGAACGUUAGGUAAUUUUUUCCUCAUUGUUUUUAUUUUAAACUUAUUCUUUUUUCUUUUCCAAGGGGGUAAAUUUCGGUUUUUAAUAUAAUUUUGACAAUAAUAUAAUUUGUUGACGGGAUAUUUCAUUAAGUCGUUUUCAUGCAAUGCAGCAAAUUGAUAUGAGUCUAAGUACUGGUAAUUUCACACUAAAUCCGAACUAAUUCUCCCUUGCAAAGUCGCAUCUAUAUCAUCAAUUAUUCUAUUACCAACAUAAAAAAACAAUCUGCUUCGUCAACCCUGAGUGUUUUUUCAAGGUGAAAAUUGAGCACAAAAAUUAUUUCAAUUUAAUAGAUAUGUAGCUAUUCUAUGUUUCUUAGAUUAUAUGUAUAAUGUAAUUGUUACCAUAUUAAUCACAACUUCAAUAUACUUCAUAGUAUACUAUUCACAAAAAUUUAUUUUUUUCGACUAACGUGUAUUAACAUUGUGAUCGUAUUUUAUAUAG